UUCUAGGAAAAAGAUCGAGGAUAUCGGCAGAAUGACAGCACUGUCACAGGAGGAAAUCUUACAAAGUACACGUACGGUUGUGCAGGGUUUGGAAGCACUGAAAGAUGAGCAUGAAUCGAUCAAGGGUACACUGGUGAAUAGCAUUCAAGGGUUGAAUGCAGAUGAAUCUGCACUUAUUGAAGAAAAGACACAUAUUGUGGACAGAAAUUUGGAAAUGUUACGCUUGGGCAUCGAAGAAGCUCAGGUUAUGAUGGCAUUAGCUGGUCAUCUGCAAACAGUGGAAGCCGAGAAGCAAAAGUUGAAAGCACAAGUGCGAAGACUUUGCCAAGAGAAUGCUUGGCUCCGAGAUGAAUUGAAUUCGACGCAGCAGAAGCUGCAAGCUACUGGACAGCAAGUGGCACAGUUGGAAGAAGAAAAAAAGCACUUAGAAUACAUGAAUUCGAUCAAGAAAUACGAUGACCAGCAGGAGAAUGACAAGACCAUGGAUCAGAGCGACAAUCGUAGUGACAAUACUCUUCAGGAUUUAGGUUUUGGUCCAGAAGAAGACGAAGAAAUAAGUGGACACAUGACUGGACAGUUCGCACAUCCGACACCAGCCCAUUCAAUGGCAGCAAGUGCAUCUGCAGGCUACGAAAUCCCAGCUCGUCUUCGAACUUUGCAUAACCUGGUAAUACAGUAUGCAUCGCAGGGACGGUACGAAGUGGCAGUACCGCUUUGCAAGCAAGCUCUGGAAGAUUUAGAAAAGACGAGUGGACAUGAUCACCCAGAUGUUGCAACAAUGCUUAAUAUUCUGGCUCUUGUUUACCGUGAUCAAAACAAAUAUAAGGAGGCAGCCAACUUGUUAAACGAAGCAUUACAUAUACGUGAAAAAUGUCUUGGUGAAAGUCAUCCCGCUGUUGCAGCAACACUCAAUAAUCUAGCGGUUUUGUAUGGGAAACGGGGCAAGUAUAAGGAUGCAGAACCACUCUGUAAAAGGGCUUUGGAAAUCCGAGAAAAUGUGCUUGGUGCGGAUCAUCCAGAUGUUGCUAAGCAAUUAAAUAAUCUUGCUUUGCUUUGUCAAAACCAGGGUAAAUAUGAUGAAGUUGAAAGGUAUUACAAGCGUGCACUCGAGAUUUAUGAAGCAAAGUUAGGUCCUGAUGAUCCGAAUGUAGCAAAAACGAAGAACAAUCUUUCAUCAGCCUAUUUGAAACAAGGGAAGUACAAGGAUGCUGAAAUCCUUUACAAACAAAUCUUGACUCGAGCUCAUGAACGUGAAUUUGGGAAAGUAGCGGAUGACAAUAAACCAAUUUGGCAAAUUGCUGAAGAUCGUGAAGAGAAUAAGCAUAAAGGAGGUGGUGAUACAAGCACAUAUCAGGAAUAUGGUGGUUGGCAUAAAGCUGCAAAAGUUGACAGUCCGACAGUAACCACCACGUUGAAGAAUCUCGGAGCGUUGUACAGACGUCAGGGAAAGUACGAAGCGGCGGAAACUCUUGAAGAUGCUGCUUUGCGAGCCAAGAAACAGCAUGAACCGCCUGUGUCUGGUCAUCAGUCAGCGUUAACAGCCACUAGUACAUAUGCAGAUGAUUCGCUAAUGUCUUCUGUUGUUGCUUCACAAGCGUCACGUGGUAUGACCCAAUCACAGUCAUCAUCUGGCUUAAAAUCACGUUUGUUCAACGCACUCGGUCUACAACAGCAACAACAGCAACUGCCGUAAAUUUGACUUUGGAGUAUCUCGAAUAUUCCUAAACCAUCACCUAUAUCUUUCCUUUCGGUUUGUUACGCUAUAUGCUAAUUUUUGUUUGUUGUUUUCGUUAUUUUCUGUGAAUUUCAAUCUUUUUUCUUUUGUGGUGGUUAUCAUUCGCUUUUUAUGGAUUUUGAUGGAAAACUACAAAAAUAUAGCUAGUUGUUUUAAAUACUUCAGUAUUCCAUGCUUCGUACCUGAGUUCUAUACUUCGAUUUUUCUGGGAAAGGAGUUCUUUUUUUUUUACUUUUUUAGCCUAAUUGUUUUCCUUUCCAUGCCAUUACAUCGAUUUCACCGUUCUGGAAUUUCAAUAACCUUAAUAACCUUAAUGUUCCCACCUUUCUCACCAUUUCGUUAAUUAGUUAGGUGAAUUCUAUUUUUGUCACUAUUUUGUUAGGUCGUCGUUUAUAGAAAUGUGGAUGUAUGCCGGUUUGCUUCCUUGUGCAUUUUCAGUUUCUCUUAAGUGUGAUAUUAUUUUGGUUUGUGGAGAAUUUUGUGCCCUUUAAAUUUUGAUUACUGAACAAACCUUGUUCAUGCAGUUUAAAGAAUUUAAAUGAUCUAAAUGUCAUUUCUUGCCAGUUUGGCUUUUGUAUAAAAUUUCGUAGAACUUGAUUUGGUCGUCGUAUU